AUGUUCUGGAUUACAGUUAAAGGUUGGAACAUUUGGCGUUACAACAAAACAUUACCUUACCAAACUUCAGUGGGUGAUACAGUUAAACAUAAGAAAAAGGUUCAUAUAAGCAUAUGCCCUAAGAAGCGUCCUAUAAACAUAUGCCUUAAGAAACUUCCUGAGGAAGUUACAGCUUUUGAAAAACCUGGAGAAGCUGAACAGAUUAGUUCAAACCAACUUAAAGCUGAACUCAAGAACCUUGAAUACUUCAUCCGUAAUCUGGAAUUGGAAUCCUUUAAAGGUCUAAUAAUCACAGCUAAAGAAAAGUGGAUUUCAGAGAAGUGCGUUGAAUUAGAGGACUUACAAAAGAAACACGACUCAUUUACAUUACACAAAAAAAUAAAAGAAUUAACUGGACCAGCACAACGUUUUUGUCCUCUAACAAUUAUUAACUCAGAUGGUACACUAUGUUCAACCGUACAAGAAAAAAUACAAGUAUGGGAACAACACAUGAAAGAACUUUAUAAUGACUAUAGAGAAGAACCAACAGUAAGACCAACGGUUGAUCAGGGACCAGAAAUUCUCAAUAGUGAAGUAUUGCAGGCAAUUAAACAACUUAAAAACCACAAAAGUCCAGGCCUUGACAAUAUAUAUCCAGAAAUACUUAAAUUAAUAUCAGAAGAGAACGUAGAUAUACUGACUAGGCUUUUUAACAAGAUCUAUGAUAGAGGAAAUGUACCUGAUGACUGCCUCCACUCAACUUUUGUACCGCUUCCGAAAAAACCAUCAGCUCGACAUCUCAGUGACUACAGACUUAUUAGUUUAAUGAGUCACGCACUGAAAGUGUUACUUAAAAUAAUACAUAACAGAAUUUAUAAGAAGUGUGAGCAAGAAAGCGGCUAUGAACAGUUUGGGUUUAAGAGUGGAUUGGGAACACGAGAGGCCUUAUUCUGUUUACAAUUGAUGGUGCAGAAGUAUACAGACCAACAAAAACCAAUAGAGGAGUUUGGAUGUGUGCUGUCUCCUUCGUUAUUUAAUGUUUAUUCUGAGGCGAUUUUUCUGGAAGCUUUCUCUUCAACAGAUUGCGGUAUUAAAGUCAACGGCGAAGUCAUUAACAACAUUAGAUUUGCCGAUGACACAGUUCUUAUUGCCGACUCUGAUACUGGUCUCCAGAGUUUAGUGGAACGACUUGAAGGCUCCUGUAAGAAAUACGGGAUGAAGAUCAAUUCUCUUAAAACUAAGUCAUGA